AGCCAUUGGCUGAAACCAUAGCAACUAAACGGAAGUUUACAGUCGCGGGAUCGGCUAACAAGCAAAGCGCCAAAGAUUUACGAGUAUUUUAUUUUAUUUUGUUAUUUUCUACUAGCUGAAAGUUUUAAAAUCAACAUUGAAUCAACAUACAGGUGUUUAUCACUGACGCAACUGACACUUGGUCAAGAAAACGCGCACUUGUGGCUUAAAUCGCAGUUAGCUUGACGGCUAAUGCAUCUCGAGCCUUGUCGCCACAAUGUUCAAAGCUAAAAUACUGCUAAUUGGGCCAAAUGAGAGUGGCAAAACCGUCCUCGCAAAUUUUCUCUCGGACGCAACAGAAAACGUGGGAGGCAAAUACAGACCCACUCAAGCAGUCAGGUACGAGCUACAUGACAAUCCACAAAUGUCAACAACUUUCUUGUUUGAGGAUACUAGAAUUUGAAUCACAACUGGAUGGUUAUGGUGACGUAAAAUCAUGCGAGGUUGAGCUCUGGGAUUGUUCCGGCGACUUCAAAUUUGAAUCAUGCUGGCCUGCGCUUACCAAGGACUCCAGCGGUGUGGUGAUCAUUUUUAACCCCGACGUUCCCAGCCACUUGAAAGAAAUUGAGACCUGGCACUCGAUGUUCAUCUCCUCGCAGGGCUUGCAGGACAGCCAGUGUCUGCUCAUUGCACAUCACAAGCCCGGCAGUGCAAUAGAAGAAGGUCGACUGCCUUUAGCUUCACAGCUGAGCAGGCUUCCACUCAUUCACUCUGAAAUUGAGGAAGAGCCCGAGGACCUGAGACGAGCUUUCUGCAGAUACUUGGGGAAAGUUGUAAAUACACUGUCAGAAAGUCGGGAACGGGAGGAGAUGUCCAUCAUCACAUAGCAACAAAAUAUCUUGAAAAAUAUCAGGUAGUUUACAUUUUUAUUCCCUUGAACAUAUCCUGACAAAGACUUACUGUGCAUAUACUUUUUUAUGUUGUUUAGAACAGGGGUCACCAGCCUUUUUUAAAUUAAAUUAAUAUAUAUAAUAUCCAUUUGCAACACUACAACUCAAGCAAAGUCAAAGGGAAGACAGAAUAGUAACGACAAAAACAACUGUAAUAGUUCACCUCUAUAAAGCUAUAAAAUUGUUUACACUUUCAGUCACUCCUACAACAUUCCUUGGAAAUCACAAUCUCCCUUUACUGGUGAGCUAACUGUUGCCUGCUGGUGACCCAUGGUGGAGAACAUUAUAUCAUAAACGUGAUUGUAAAUAAAUAUACUAUGUAGACUAUGCGACAUAUUUUUGUUAUGAUUUACAAGUAAUCAUGCUCCAUUUACAUAAUCUGAAGUACAUAUCCUCAUAAGACAUCUUCUGAAGCUUUAGCCCAGGGGUGUCCAAACCUUUGCAAGGAGGGCCAGAUUUAGUAACGUGAAGGGGCCCGGGUGCCAAUAUUUUUUUCGCUUCUCUUCCGGGGGGGGCUAAUGGGACGUCAAACGCUGCGCGUUCGCUUCUCUUCCAGGGGGGCGGGGGUGCUAAUGGGACGUCAAACGCUGCGUGUUCGCUUCUCUUCCGGGGGGCAGUUGCAGCCAUUUCUGGGGACUCGCGGUAAAAGUUUUUCUUUGCCUUAUUUCAUUUGUGUGGCGGGCUCCAUCUAGUAUUGAAACUGAGAAGUGCAACAGAGUUGAGCUCAAGCUUCUUGUGCGGGCCAUAUUCAAUUAUAUUUUCAGAAUUUGCUGCGGGCCAAUAAAAACUGGACCGCGGGCCAACUGCCGUAGUUUGGACACCCCUGCUUUAGCCAAAAAUUGAUUACAUCAGGCCAAAGCACAUUUUCUCACUUGCUGGGGCGAUUUUGUGACGGUUCGGUGAAACUGCUAGAUAGGGCUUUUUAGCAUCCUAUAAUGUGUUGAAUAAGUUGGUUUCUCACUUCAUAAAGAGAAUACACUCAAUAUCGAGAGUGCCUUUUACAUGUGACAUAGGUGAAUGAGUCAUUGUUUCAAAUGGGCAGACGGGAUGACAAAAAAGAGCUGAGUGUGACUAAGAUGGCCAAUAUUAAUUUUGUUAUGAUCUGAAUCUAUGAGAGUCAGAUAACCUCUAUUAGACUUUCCCAAUGGCACACAUACACACUUGAUAUGAUCAAAUGGGCCAGCAAUCGAAUGGCUUCGUCAAGGAAGCUUAAAGGUCAUCGUCUCUUAACCUCUCGUUGCAAUUUCCGAAUUGGCUCUAGGCAUAUCUUCUAUCACUAUCAUCAGUAAGACUGUUGGAAACAGACUAGGCGAGCAAUAUCGCAAAUGGAUUCAAUCAUUUUUUUUUUUUUUAUCCGUAUGCAUACUGCAAGAGAUAAUACUAAAGAGGAUUGUUGUUUGCAUAGCCUCAUAUCUCUGAAAAUGUGAUUAACCAGUGUCUUAUCUUUUAAUUGUCACUGCAUGAAUGGAUUCUUCAUAUUGGAGGUCCGACAUCAACUGCUUUCUAAUACAACUUUUGUGUUUGCAAGAGCUCUACUUAAGUAUAUUUGGAAGCGCUUGUCCAUUUAUCAUUAUCUGUUUGUUUCUUUGGUAACUCCUGCGGUAAAUCUUAUAUGACUAUUUUCCACAUUAGCAUUGUUUUUUUUACUUUUAAACUUUUGUCUUUUUUUUUUUUAUGGAUUUUUUUACCCUCCAAACAUAGCAGGUCAAUUUGAUACCCAAACAGCUUAUUUUUAGUUUCAUCGGACUACAGCACUUCCUUGGGCCACUUCAAUAUUUCACUCCUUUUUUUGGCACAGCAUGAAUCCCAACUGUUUUCGGGCAAUUAAUAUCCAAAUUGCCUUCAGAUGAUUGCUUAGGUCUUGCCAUGUACUUUGAGGCUGCUUCCUUACCUCUUUUUCCGGUGAUGAUCCUCACCCCAUGAGGUAGGAUUUUGCAUGGAGCGCCAUUGCGAGAGCAAUCAAUGGUUAUUUUGUGUGUCUUCCACUCUGAAAUGAUGGCGCUAUUAGAUGCCAGCUUCUCACCAGGCCUUUUGAUGACGGUAUUGCACAUUCCAGUCUUGCGCCUGUCUAUAGUCCGCUGACAACUGUUUGGCAGCUCUUUAGUCUUUCAGAUGGUGGGAUCAAAACCGGAAGUUAUGUAUUAGAUAUUCCUUGAACAGGUAUGCUUCACAUGCACGAUGUGAUGAGAUUAGCAGUGCUAAUAGGCUGACAGUCCACAGCUAUGAGUAGGACAAAAAAAUAGAAGGUACCACUCUAUUAUACUAGUUGUAAUUAGACAAUUCAGCCAUUUCAUCUUUUUCAAAAUCAUUUUAUUGACAUGUAAGAAGCAAAAGUUACAUUUUUCAUGGGAUGGUGACGGGCGGCGUAUCCGUUGCCAUUUCGAGGGGGCCUAACUCCGGUUCAUGCUGAACUGAGCCAGUGCUUGGUGAACAUCCAACUGUUAUCAGCUCAGUAGGCACAGGAGGUUGAGCCCAGACAACCGCGCACCGCCGCCUGUUCGCCACGAGGGGGAGAGGUAGAGCAUACGCAAGCAAAACUUGCCACCGUGGCCAGGUUUCCCUGGAAAUUGUAACUGGUGCUCGUUCCCAAACUGUGCCGUGUCAUCAGGUGUGCUGUGGGAAAUUUCACUUCACUUGUCCCAAAAUAAUUUCCCAACUUUGUUCAUCUGGCAUGCUAUAAAUGAGUAGUGACAGGCAGCACAACUAUUUGCUCUUCCACUCUAUGGCAGAUGUUACAUAAAGUUCGAGUAAAUUGAAACAUCUUUCAACUAACAUUUUUUGUUUUUUUUGGCAAAUACUUUUUUAAAUUUUUUGUUUGUUUGUUUAUUGUUUUUAUUGAUGGUAUUUAUUCCUCACUAUAGUUCUAAUGUGAUGAACAUGUCAUAGCUUUCCAUCUAUAGAAAAGAACAUAAAAUGGAUUAUUACCUCACGUUUGGCUUGGAUUUCCCUCGGUUGUUGGCUGCGAGCAUUUUCACUGCUCCUUUUAUGAGAAAUACCUUACAUAAGAGCAUCAGCAGCGUUGCGGUCGAAGUGGCCGGGAUUCGUAAAGCUUUACACUCACAGUAAACAAACACACACACGUCACCUUGGAUGCAGCUUCCGUUGUUGACCACCCAGAUAGCAAUUGCGCUCAGAGUUCACAAUUACACUGCUACUUGUUUCCCUCGCCCCCGAUGAGACAUUUCCUGUAUUUCCUUCCGGUGUGUGACUCAGCCAUCCCUCCUUCUAUGCUCUGCCACACUGCAGCUUCUUAAGCCAACAUGUCCCAAAGAAGUCCAAACAAAGCCCAAAGGACACUUUUAAAGCAGCCUUAACAGAACUUUUUAAGCCUCACGUCAUCUCAACAUUUCCACCCAGUUUGACCUGGAGAAAACAAAGCCCAUCACAUACUUUUAAAGCAGUCUUUACGAAACUCAAAUGCACUUCAAUAUACUGAGUUAGCAGUAACAGUCAUAGUAAAGAACCAAUUGGUACUUUUAGAUCUUUUUUUUUUUUUUUUAAUUAAUAAAACUUUUAAAGCCACAGAUCCCUUUCACCAUCUUGACAGUUAGCACCAGUUAGAGUUUUAAUCUACACUUUUCAAUGCUUUGACAGAGUUGCCACUAACACAUUAAAGAAAAAAAAGUCAAGUGCUUUUGGGUUCUACUACUAUAGCAGUCGACUGGGCAACGGGUAGCGCAUAACUUCAUAAUAGUUGAUCCCACGUUGACUCUUUGCAGCUGUUACAACA